CGACGGCGCUCGGCGCUGCCGUGGCCCUGGGCUCCAGCGCCGGCCGGUGGCCGCGCAGCGCGGCGGGCUGCCGGGGCGCGGCCCCCCGGCUCACGGAGCUGAGGGGCGCCAAGGACGACGCCGACCCCCCCUGCCCGUCGUCGAGCUCGACCUCGAGCCCGGGCUCGGCCCAGGCGCCGCGGGCCGGCGGCGGCGCCGAGGGCACCGAGGCCGCGGCGUCGGCGGAGUUGGCCUCGUGGCUGCUGCAGGGCCAGCGGCCGGACCUCGCGGGCGCACCGCCGCAGCUUGGCGCGGACGGCGCGGCAGCCGCGCGGCGGCCCGGGCACCUGGCCGCUGCGGUCGACGCUGCGGGCGCAGCCGAGGGGUGGGACAGCGACACAGAGCUUGAGCUCAGGCUGGGCCCCCUGGGCCUGCCGCUGCGCAGCGGGUCGGCGGCAGGCC